UAAUUACAUAUAGCUAUAAAGUUAUCAUGCACAUUUGAUCAUAUUUUCCCUACAAAAUUUUGACAAAAAGUUAUUAAAAAAUUCUGGAAUCCCAUAGAAAGGCUGUAGUGUGUAUAGCUCGUAAUUCAUCGGAGUCGGAGACGGUUAAAGCCUACGGCUCCGGUGAAGAGAGCUGGAAUCACGCUAAUUGAAGGCAAACGAUGUCCGCUCCCGACCAAGCCGCGGCGGUGGUGCUUUCUCAGCUAGUAAUGGCAGCGGACGGCACCGUGAUCGGCCUAGCGCUAGCCUUCAUUGCCGUGCGGAGCGUACUCAAGUUCAAGGCUACAAACUCCGCUCUACACCAAAUCAAAGAAGCUCCUUACGUCCGCGUUUCCGAUCUCCGUUCCGUCGUCUCUGAACAAAGCGGUUCCAACCAAUCCGACGACGGCAAGCUCGUGAUCGUCCGCGGCACCGUCGAAGCGAAGUCCGUCGUCGCAAAUGACGUCCUCGUUGCUCACGACUCCGGCGAAAAAGAUGUCAUCGUGCAGCGAUCUCAAACGUGUAUAUAUAAUGAGUGGAAAGGUUUCAUGGGAUGGAGCAGUGAUCUACGUCCUCUAUUUCCAAGAUCAUGGGGUUCAUGGAGAGAGCAAGACUCAUCCUCCACAAGAAUGGUCCCAUUUGUUAUUGUUGAAGCUGGAAGGUGGCCACCAUCUGAAUAUGUUAAUGUGAACAUGGAUGGAUCAAGUCACCCCCUACCACUUGAAACAGUGCAAUAUCACCUGCAGCCAGUUAACGCUACUUCUAUUACUUUCUUCCAGGCACUUUUUGGUCAUCAGUACCCUGUUGGGCUGCUACACGAAGAAAAAAUCCUGCCACUAGGGAAGGAUAUAACUGCAGUUGGAAUUUGCAGCUCAAUUAGAGGGAUUCCAGAGAUAAAGUCGUGCAAUUCUCUUCCUUAUUUCCUAUCAGAGAGGACCAAGGAUCAAAUGAUUGUAGAGCUUGCAUUUAAGAGACAAGUUUUGCUAUGGAGUGGGGUAGUAUUUGGCUCACUUGCAAUUGGUAUUCUUAGCUAUGCUGCUGUAAGGUACUGGAACAGAUGGAAAGGAAGGAGGCCUCAGAGGCAGACUCAACGACAAAAUGCUGUUGCUCGGGUUGCUACGUCUGAGGACACUGGGGACGUUGUUGAUCGUCAGUUGUGCGUCAUUUGCCUAACAAGAAGGCGGCGUGCUGCAUUUGUACCGUGUGGACAUGUAGUGUGUUGCCAACGCUGUGCCUUUUAUGUUGUACGCGAUUUAUCACCCAAGUGUCCUGUAUGUAGGCAGCGUAUAUAUCCUCGGCAUUUUUCUAUGCAGUAGGUGCAAUAGCAGUAGCUUAGGAGUUCCUGAUAAAAUUUUGAGUAGCAUGGGGAGCAACACGUCCUACACUGCAGAGUAGAACAAAUAAAUCCUUCUGAAACUCAAGCAUCCGAUCUUCUUCUUCCUUUCCAAUUCUGUCUAUAUUACUGUAAUCUAGUGCUUGAAGAAUGGUCAAUAUCAAUGGGAAGAAAGAUCUAUGCUAUGACAACUUGUAACCCUAGUUGAGUUGGUCGUAUAAUUGACUUGGUAACAACAAUAUUCCAUA